AUGUACAAAAAGACUGUGUUUGUAGAGUACAUGGACCACCUUUUCAACAUUGCCAAGCCCAGGCCACCCUGGAUGGGUCUGCUGGGUCCUACCAUUUGGACUGAGGUUGAUGACACUGUGGUCAUUACACUUAAAAACAUGGCUUCUCAUCCUGUCAGUCUUCAUGCUGUUGGUGUUUCCUACUGGAAAGCUUCUGAGGGAGCUGAAUAUGAAGAUCAGACAAGCCAAAGGGAGAAGGAAGACGAUAAAGUUUUUCCUGGUGAAAGUCAUACCUAUGUUUGGCAGGUCCUGAAAGAGAAUGGUCCAAUGGCCUCUGACCCUCCAUGUCUCACCUAUUCAUAUCUUUCUCAUGUGGAUCUGGUGAAAGAUUUGAAUUCAGGCCUCAUUGGAGCUCUGCUAGUAUGUAAAGAAGGAAGUAUUUCCAAAGAAAGAACACAAAUGUUGCACCAAUUUGUACUACUUUUUGCUGUGUUUGAUGAAGGGAAGAGCUGGCAUUCAGAAACAAAAGACUCCUUCACACAGGCUAUGGAUUCUACAUCUACUGGAGCCUGGCCUAAAAUGCACACAAUAAAUGGCUAUGUAAACAGAUCUCUGCCAGGUCUAAUUGGAUGCCAUAGGAAAUCAAUCUACUGGCAUGUGAUUGGAAUGGGCACCACCCCUGAAGUACACUCAAUAUUCCUCGAAGGUCACACGUUUCUCGUGAGGAACCACCGUCAGGCUUCCUUGGAAAUAUCACCAAUAACUUUCCUUACUGCUCAAAUACUCUUGAUAGAUCUUGGACAGUUCCUGCUAUUUUGUCGUAUCUCUUCCCAUAAGCAUGAUGGCAUGGAAGCUUAUGUCAAAGUAGAUAGCUGCCCUGAGGAACCCCAAUGGCAAAAGAAAAAUAAUGAGGAAAUGGAAGAUUAUGAUGAUGAUCUUGAUUCAGAAAUGGACAUGUUCAUACUGGAUGAUGAUAACUCUCCUUUUAUCCAAAUUCGCUCGGUUGCCAAGAAGUACCCUAAAACUUGGAUACAUUAUAUUUCUGCUGAGGAAGAAGACUGGGACUAUGCUCCUUCAGUUCUCACCUCUAAUGAUGGAAAUUAUAAAAGCCAGUAUCUGAGCAAUGGUCCUCAUCGGAUUGGUAGAAAAUACAAAAAAGUCAGAUUUAUAGCGUACACAGAUGAAACUUUUAAGACUCGUGAAACUAUCCAGCAUGAAUCAGGAAUCUUGGGACCUUUACUUUAUGGGGAAGUUGGAGACACUUUGUUGAUUAUAUUUAAGAAUCAAGCAAGCCGACCAUAUAACAUUUACCCUCAUGGAAUCACUGAUGUCAGCCCUCUACACUCAAGGAGAUUGCCAAGAGGUAUAAAGCAUGUGAAGGAUUUGCCAAUUCAUCCAGGAGAGAUAUUCAAGUAUAAAUGGACAGUUACUGUAGAAGAUGGACCAACUAAAUCGGAUCCACGGUGCUUGACCCGCUAUUAUUCAAGUUUCAUUAACCCUGAGAGAGAUCUAGCUUCAGGACUCAUUGGCCCUCUUCUCAUCUGCUACAAAGAAUCUAUAGAUCAAAGAGGAAACCAGAUGAUGUCAGACAAGAGAAAUGUCAUCCUGUUUUCUCUAUUUGAUGAGAACCAAAGCUGGUAUAUCACAGAGAACAUGCAACGCUUCCUCCCCAAUGCAGCUGAUACACAGCCCCAGGACCCUGAGUUCCAGACCUCCAACAUCAUGCACAGCAUUAAUGGCUAUGUUUUUGGUAGCUUGCAGUUGUCAGUUUGUUUGCAUGAGGUGGCCUACUGGUACAUUCUCAGUGUUGGAGCACAGACAGACUUCUUAUCUAUCUUCUUCUCUGGAUAUACCUUCAAACACAAAAUGGUCUAUGAAGAUACACUUACCCUGUUUCCGUUCUCAGGAGAAACUGUCUUUAUGUCGAUGGAAAACCCAGGUCUGUGGGUCUUAGGAUGUCAUAAUUCUGACUUUCGGGAGAGAGGUAUGACAGCCUUGCUGAAAGUUUCUAGUUGUGACAAGAGCACUAGUGAUUAUUAUGGAGAAAUAUAUGAAGAUAUUCCAACACAGUUGGUGAAUGACAACAAUGUCAUUGCACCCAGAAGCUUUUUCCAGAAUUCAAAUCAUCCUAACACUAGGAAAAAGAAAUUCAAAGCCACCACAAUUCUAGAAAAUUAUAUAGAGAAGAUUGAGCCUCAGUUUGGAGAGACAGCAGAGAUGCUUAAAGUACAAAGUGUCUCCUCUAGUGACUUAUUGAUGCUCUUGGAACAGAGUCAACCUACUCCACAUGGCUUAUCCUUAUCAGAUGACCAACAAGCCAUCUAUGAGGCUAUUUCUGAUGAUCAUUCACUUGAUGCAAUAUACAACAACGAAGGCCCAACUAAAGUUGUCCAAGUCAGGCCAGAAAUCCAUCGAAAUGGCAAAAUAGUAUUUACUCCUGAGUCAGGCCUCCAGUUAAGAUCAAAUAAAAAUUUGGAGACAAUUAUAGAAGUAAAGUGGAAGAAACUUGAUUUGCAAGUUUCUAGUUUGCCAAAUAAUCUAAUGACCACAACAAUUCUGUCAGACAAUUUGACAGCAAUUUCUGAAAAGACAGAUUAUUCAGGAUCUCCAGAUAUGCCAGUUCACUUUAUUAGUAAAUUAGGCACCACUGCAUUUAGUAAAAAAUUAUGUCUCCUUAUUGGGUCUCAUGUACCUCUGAACAUUAGUGAAGGAAAUAGUGAUUCCAACUUGUUGGAUACAACUUUAAUGAAUAAUCAAGAAAAUUCACUAGGAGAUAAUAUAUCAUCAAUGGAGAAUGAUAGAUUACUCAAAGAGAAGAGAUUUUAUGGAAUUGCUUUGUUACACAAAGGUAAUACUUUAUUGAAAGAUAAUAUCUCUUUGAUGAAAACAAACAAGACAUAUAAUCAUUCAACAACUAAUAGAAAAGCUCACAUUGACAGCCCAACAUCAAGUGAGAAUAUUACAGCAAACUUGCAAGAUACUGUAUUAAAAAUCAAUAGUGAAAUUCAAGAAUUAACAUCUUUGAUUCAUGAUAGCACACUUUCAGGCAAAAAUACUACAUAUUUGAGACUGAACUAUAUGCUGAAUGGAGCUGACUCAUCAAAAACUAAAGAAAUAUUUCUUAAAAAAGAUGAGGAUCCUGUUCCCCAAGAUACAGAAAAUACAAUCAUGCCAUUUUUCAAAAUGCUGUUCUUGCCAGAAUCAGCAAAUUGGAUGAAACAGACCAAUGGAAACAACUCCUUGAACUCUAAGCAAGGGCCCAGUCCAAAGCAAUUAGUAUAUUUAAUUUUAGAAAAGUCUGUGAAAAAUCAGAAUUUCUUGUCAGAGAAGAAUAAAGUGAUAGUAGAACAGGAUGAAUUCACAAAGGACACAGGACUCAAACACAGGUUUUUUCCAAGCAACAUGAGCAUAUUUCUUACCACCUUGGCUAAUGUACAAGAAAAUAUGUACAAUCAAGAAAAAGAUAUUCAGGAAGAGAUAGAGAAAGAAACAUCAAUCAAAGAGAAAGUAGUUUUGCCUCAGGUGCACAUAGCAACUGGCUCUAAGAACUUCCUGAAAGACAUUUUCUAUCUAGAUACUAGAAAUACUUCAGUACUUCAAGACAUCAGCUCAAUAAACAACUCAACAAAUACAGUAGAGAGUCACAUGGCCCAUUUCUUUAAAAAAGAGGAGGAUGGGGCAAUAAAUUCAGAAGGUUUGGUAAAUAAAACCAAAGAAAUGGUAAAGAACUAUCCAAGCCAAAAGAAUAAUAUUACUCGACGUAGUAAACGAGCUUUGGGACAAUUCAGACUCCCACUAAAAGAAACAGAGCUUGACAAGCAGCAAAUUGUAAAUAAUGCCUCAACUCAAUGGCCUCAAACCAUGAACUAUUUGACACAGAGUAUCAUUAUACAGAUAGAAGACAGCAAGGAAGGGGAAAAGUCCAUUAUUAGAUCUCCCUUAUCAGAUUCUUCUAUGAUUAAAAGCACCACUCAGACAAAUAAUUCUGGAUCACACAUUGUAAAAACAUCAGCAUUUCCACCAACAGAUCUCAAGAGGAUCCCAUUCCAAGGCAAAUUUUUUCAUGUUCUAGCAUCAUCCUACACUUACGACUUUAAGACAAAAAGUUCUAGAAUUCAAGAAAGCAGUCAUUUCUUAAAAGAAACCAAAAGAAAUAACUCUUUUUUAGCCACCCUACCAUGGGAGAUGAUCAUAGAUCAAAGAAAAUUUGCCUCCCCAGGAAUAAGUAAUACAAACUCAGUCACGUAUAAGAAAGUUUCCAUUCAUGAGAAAGAACUUUUACCUACAAGAACUAGCCAUGAAUCUCCUGGACACCUGGAUCUCAUGAAACAGAUCUUUCUUCAGAAAACACAUGGGCCUAUUAAAUCCAAUAAAGCAAAGAGACAUGGGGAAAGACUGAAAGGAACAAGAGAGAGCUCUGAAAAGAUUCUCUCUAAACUGCUGGGCCAUCAUGCUGCACAGAUACCAAAAGAUAAGUGGAAACCCAAAGAGAAGUCACCAGAAAUUACAUCCACUAAGAGAGAGGACAUGAUUUUGUCUCUGAACCCUCAUGAAAAUAAUCAUUCAGUAGUGGGAAAUGAGAAACAAAAUUGGCCCCAAAGAGAAGCCUCUUGGGUAAAGCAAGGUCAGACUCAAAGGUUGUGCUCUCAAAAUCCACCACACUUGAAACGCCAUCAAAGGGAACUUAAUGCUCUUCAGUCAGAACAAGAAGCAACUGACUAUGAUGAUUCGAUCACUGUUGAAACAAAUGAGGAUUUUGACAUUUAUGGUGAAAAUAUAAAGCAGGAUCCCCGCAGCUUUCAACAGAAGACACGGCACUAUUUUAUUGCAGCUGUGGAGCGGCUCUGGGACUAUGGGAUGAGUACAUCUCCUCAUGUUCUACAAAAUAGGGAUCAAAGUGGCAAUGCACCUCAGUUCAAGAAAGUAGUUUUUCAGGAAUUUACUGAUGGCUCCUUUAGUCAACCCUUGUACCGGGGAGAACUAAAUGAACAUUUGGGGUUGUUGGGGCCAUAUAUAAGAGCAGAAGUUGAAGAUAAUAUUAUGGUAACUUUCAAAAACCAGGCUUCUCGCCCCUACUCCUUCUAUUCUAGCCUUAUUUCUUAUAAGGAAGAUCAGAGACAAGGAGAAGAACCUAGAAGAAACUUUGUUAAGCCUAAUGAAACAAAAAUUUAUUUUUGGAAAGUACAACAUCAUAUGGCACCCACAGAAGAUGAAUUUGACUGCAAGGCCUGGGCUUAUUUCUCUGAUGUUGAUCUUGAAAGAGAUAUGCACUCAGGAUUGAUUGGACCCCUUCUGAUUUGCCACACGAACACACUGAAUCCUGCUCAUGGAAGACAAGUGUCAGUACAGGAAUUUGCUCUGUUUUUCACUAUCUUUGAUGAGACCAAGAGCUGGUACUUCACUGAAAAUGUGGAAAGGAACUGCAAGAAACCCUGCAAUAUCCAGAUAGAAGACCCCACUUUGAAAAAUAAUUAUCGCUUUCAUGCAAUCAAUGGUUAUGUGAUGGAUACCCUACCAGGCUUAGUAAUGGCUCAAGAUCAAAAAAUUCGUUGGUAUCUUCUCAGCAUGGGCAGCAAUGAGAACAUCCAAUCUAUUCAUUUCAGUGGACAUGUGUUCACUCUACGGAAAAAAGAGGAGUACAAAAUGGCAGUGUACAACCUCUACCCAGGAGUUUUUGAGACAGUGGAAAUGCUAUCAUCCAGAGCUGGGAUUUGGCGAGUAGAAUGUCUUAUUGGCAAGCACUUACAGGCUGGAAUGAGCACUCUUUUUCUAGUGUACAACAAGUGGUGUCAGAUUCCCCUGGGAAUGGCUUCUGGAAGCAUCAGGGAUUUUCAGAUUACAGCUUCAGGACACUAUGGACAGUGGGCUCCAAACCUGGCCAGACUUCAUCAUUCUGGAUCAAUCAAUGCCUGGAGUACCAAGGAGCCCUUUUCUUGGAUCAAGGUAGAUCUGUUGACACCAAUGAUUAUUCAUGGCAUCAAGACUCAGGGUGCCCGUCAGAAAUUUUCCAGCCUCUACAUCUCUCAGUUUAUCAUCAUGUAUAGUCUCGAUGGGAAGAAGUGGCUGAGUUAUCGAGGGAAUUCCACUGGAACUUUAAUGGUCUUCUUUGGCAAUGUGGAUUCAUCUGGGAUUAAGCACAAUAGUUUUAAUCCUCCAAUUAUUGCUCGGUAUAUCCGUUUGCACCCCACUCAUUCUAGCAUCCGCAGUACUCUUCGAAUGGAGUUGAUGGGCUGUGAUUUAAACAGUUGUAGCAUACCAUUGGGAAUGGAGAAUAAAGUAAUAUCAGAUACACAAAUUACUGCCUCAUCCUACUUCACCAAUAUGUUUGCCAGUUGGUCUCCUUCACAAGCACGACUUAACCUCCAGGGAAGGACUAAUGCCUGGCGACCUCAGGUGAAUGAUCCAAAAGAAUGGUUGCAAGUGGACUUACAAAAGACAAUGAAAGUCACUGGAAUAAUAACACAGGGAGUGAAAUCUUUCUUUACCAGCAUGUUUGUGAAAGAGUUCCUUAUCUCCAGCAGUCAAGAUGGCCAUCACUGGACUCACAUUUUACACAAUGGCAAAGUAAAGGUUUUUCGUGGGAAUCAGGACUCGUCCACACCAAUGGUGAAUUCUCUAGACCCACCUUUACUCACUCGAUACCUUCGAAUUCACCCCCAGGUCUGGGAGCACCAAAUUGCCCUGAGGCUUGAGAUUCUUGGAUGCGAGGCCCAGCAGCUGUACUGAGGUGGCUUCAGCAUCCUCUGCUUGUUACCCUUUGCCUCCUUCUUCAGCUCCAGGAUUGUCUUAGUCAUUGUAUUGUUGCUGUGAAAAAUCACCAUGACCAUGGCAACUCUUAUCAAAGAAAGCAUUUAAUUGGGGCUUGCUUAUAAUUUCAGAGGUUUAGUCUAUUGUCAUGGUAGAGAGUAUGGUAGCAUGUAGGCAGAUAUGGUACUCGAGAAGCAGCUGAGAGUUCUACAUCUGAAUCCACAGGCUGUAGGAAGAGAGAGAGAAUGGCCCUGGCUGGGCUUUUUAAACCUCAAUGUCCACCCCCAGUGACACACUUCCUCCAACAUGGCCACACCUACUCCAACAAGGCCACACCUCCUAAUCCCCUGUAGUUCCACUCCCUGAUGACUAAGAAUUCAAAUAUAUGAGCCUAUGGGGGAUAUUCUUUUCAAACCACAAGGAAGUUCUCUCACCAAUUCAAGACCAGCAUCCCUCUCAAGUUUCUACAUACAUACUGCCCCACACUGUUUAUGCCACCAUCAUUUUAUUUAAAACCAUACAGUCAUAUAUGACUCUAUUCUGAUACUUCCCAAAUUAUUAAUUCGGCAUUUUCUGAAAACUUAAGUGUCAACAUUCAUAAUGGAAGCUGUGAAGAAUCACACUAAGUUUUAUACUUUCAGUAUCAAAUAUAUUUUAUGCACUACCAAAACCAAAAAAUUUGUGACAGAAUCAGAACUAGAAAAACAAUUAGCUCAUACCCUCUUAAAUAACUCAUGUUCAUUAGUUGCAUUCUGGACCCCCUUAUAUUUAGCCUUCCUUGUUCUCUUUUCUUAAUGUUAUACUGUACCCAAAUGUACAUUUGUUUACACAUAUACAUAUAUUAUUAGCUAUAUGCAGAUUUUUUUCUUUGAGAUUAUAUGACCUUACUUAAUAAUAUACAUUCGAAGUCUAUCCAUGUUCCUGUAAUUUUACCUUCAUUUAAACCUUAAUUUAGAACCUGAAGCACUGAAACUUUUAGAAGAAAACACAGAGGAUAGCCUUUAACGUAUCAGAGUAGUCAAGAACUUUUUAAUCAAACACUAACAGCAUAGGAACUAACCCCAAGUAUCAACAGAUGGGACUACAUGAAAAUAAAAAGUUUCUGUACAGCAAAAGAAACAAUCAGCAGUUAACAUACAGCCCACAGAAUAAAAGAAAAGUCUUUACCAGCUACACAUCAUAAAAAGAUAAAUAUCCAGAAUUUACAAAGAACUGUAGAAAUUAAAUACCAAUAAAAUUAAAUUGUUAAUCAACUAAAAGGCAAAUGAACAUAAUGCACAGUUUUUUUAAAAAAUGAAACACAAAUGGUCAAUAACUAUUUUUUAGUGUUCAAUAUCCCUACCCAUCAGGGAAAUGCAAAUCAAACUAUUUUGAGAUACCACCUAACCCUAGUCAUAAUAGCUAUCGACAAAUCUGAUAAGAAAUGUUGGAGGGGAUGUGGAGAGAAAGCCUACUUUAUUUGCUGUUGGUGAUAAUUAAUAUUACCAUUGUGGAAAUCAAUUUGGAAAUUUCUCAAAAAAAUAAAAACAGAACUACCAUAUGACCCAGCUGUUUCAUUCCUGGACAUAUAUGCCCAGAAAACUCCAUACCCUACCAUAGAGAUAUAUGUAUCUCUAUGUUUAUCCUGUUUUAUUAACUAUAGCAAAGAAUUAGAAUCAACAGAUGA